AUGCCUAAUCGUGGACCAGUUUAUCAGCCUACAACAGAAAGUUAUGAACCCCAAACUGAGUGGAAUAGCCCCUCAGGCCUUUUAUCACAAACGACCACAUCAAUAGGAAGAGCCAGAUGUUUACAAUGGGUUACUUUAGGUUUAGGUGUUCUGGGGUCAGUAGCUCUUUCAAAAGAUGAAUCUGAAAGUUCUACAUCAGAUAUAGUUGUAUUAGUUAUCGGAAAUUGCAGAGGAUGUCCUAGAAUAAUAAUUAAAGAUAAAAGGAUUUCUCAUCAAAUGAGAGAUUCUCAAAGUGUUAACGGUCAAGCAAUGAAUCCAUCGACAGAUUUUCUGGUAACUACACAAUAUGCACCUGUUUCUGAAAUUUCAUAUCAGCCUCCAGUUGUUUCUGAAGAAGAAGAAACUAGGAAUAAUGAAGAUAGUGAAAGAAUAUUAGAAAAGGAUCCAAGAAUUGUUUUACGCCCUCUUAGCAAAGUAGAAGAAUUUCAAGAUACAGAAGUCAUUCCAUUACUCGUUUUUGAAUGUCAGUCAUUGUAG